ACGAAAACAACAACACCACCAUCUUCCCAACAUUAUUUUGACCUUUUGGCGCGUACAGUGCGCAGCCUGGUCAGUCCAUCAUCUCUCUGCCUACCCUCGUUUUUCCUGCUCCUGUCGUCCAUCCGCAAUCCCACCGCGAGCGCCAUUCGUCCUUGUCUCAAACGCGUGUCUCUCCAUUAGAGUCGUAACCACUCGUGAUGAGCGCCUCAACGCCUCGCAGACCUAGUAUGUCCGCGAAUAACACACCUCUAGCCUCGCCAGGCCGACGCGUCCUCGGAGACGUCACAGCACGAGCGGUAAACACGCCAUCAAAACAAACAAACAAUGGUCGACUCUUCGAGGAACAACGUGCGCGAAGCCCCUUGAAGCAAGCGCAGACGUACUCCCCGCUUGGCUUGGAGGAUAAAGAGAAUGCUUUAUCAGGAAACGCGGGAAAGGCGAUUGGGAGGAAACGUAGUAUCGACGAAGUCGAGGGCACCGGAUACGUCGCGUGUGGGGGAACGACGAUCAUGCCCACGGGAGUUCGCAAUGAAGCAUUUCCGAUGACGAGCAAAGUGCGCGUCUUGGCAGAGACAACGCCAAACUUGGAACUGGCUAACCGUCGCGAUUCUCGAGGAUCAACAACGGAGCCCGAAUCACCGCCAUCUAUGGAGCAGCCCAGUCAGGAAACUGCAGAUACUAACCGGAGUUUCUCCAACCUUGUGGAUUGGGGGGAAUGUGCGAGCCAGCCUACUGAUGCGGCUGUUGUAGAGACGGCACCCGAGACGAAGGAACCAUCUAAGGCGGACUUACUACGUCUACGGCUCGGAUUCGCAACCUACAAGGUCAAGACGAAUCAAAUUUCUAAACCCAGCAAGGAAAUCCUGUCAACAUGGGACGUGGAGGUCGAAACGGAGUGUCCCGUCUCAUCAACGAGUACCAUCACGCCCACAACAACAGUAACAGCACCGGGCAUCCCAAGCAUCACCGUCUCUCCAGCACGGCAGAAUCAGCCUAAACCAUCAUCGCCCCUUCACGUAAAGGCGAACCUCGAUCCCGGACGACCUGUCGCGAAGCUCUCCGCAGCCCCUAUCCUUCUCCCUACAGCGUACUCUUCCCGCAUGAUAUACGAUUACCACGCCAAUGUUCCGUCAUCGCCGCCGACACACGACGUACUACCGAAAUGCGUAAGUCCAGAGCAAGUCAUGUCGCCUACGAGGCCGAUCUACAGGACUCCUGCUAUGAGGCGGAUUCGCGAAGAUGAGUAUGGUGAUGAAGACGACGGAGAUGAUAAGGAGGAGCGGAGGGCUGGGGGAGGGGAGUUGACGAGUAGCGUCGUGAAGGGGAGGGCGGCGAUGGGAUUAUUAGAGCUCAAUAGUGGGAGGAGGUGAGAAGAGCUUUAGAUGGACACGUGGAUGUAACAAGCCUGGGUUAAUGUUCGAAGGGAAAUAGUGUAGGAGGGACACAGGGCUUGGGAUACUCAUCGUAAUCGUUGCAUGCACGUAUGGCACAAUUGGGUAGGGGAUCACGAAGUGCAUGAUAUCGGAUAUAUCUCGAUGAUCCAACUGCCAAACAGCAGCAGCUCAAUCUGGACUGUGACGCCCGGCUGAUAUGAGAGUGACGCCUCAACCUAGCAUAUAUCCUAUGCUGAAUUUCC